CGGCCGGUCCACCGCAGGGUUUAGGGUUGCCCUUUUGGGUUAGGGGCUGCCAUUUAGUGUCAGCGUUAAAUGUAGAGGGUUACCAUUUUUGCGUUACGUUUCAAAGUUACCCUUUUAGGUUAGGGUUGAGUGUUAAGGGUUACCUUUUGGGAUACGGUUAGAGGCUACAACUUUGGGUUAGUAUUAGUGGCUAAGGGUUACCCUUUGGAGAUACGGUUGAGGGUUAAGAGUUACCCUUUUGGGUUAGAAUUAAGGAGUAUGGGUUAAUAUUUUGGGUUAUGGAUACGGUUACCCUUUUGGGUUAGGGCUGAGCGUUAAGCUUUCUCCUUUUGUGCUAGGAUGAAGGCUUACCCAUUUUGCGCUAGGGUUAACGGUUUGGGCUUACCAAUUUGGGUUACGGUUAAGCAUAACUAUUAUAGGUUAUUGUUAAAGGUUACACUUUUGGUUUAUGGCUAAGUGUUAUGGGGUACCCUUUGGGUUUUGGUUAAGGGUUACUCUUUUGUGUUAGUGUUAAUCGCUGAGGGUUACCGGUUGGUUAAGGAGGUGGAGGGCGACCGCCUCUGUGGGGAGACUGGGUGGAAACAGAGGCACGGCUGCCGGGAGGGGCUCCGGGACGGCGCUCUGCGGCGCCACGAGAAGCAGCGAGGCCGCGCGGGGCAGCAGAGCACAGAGGCUCCUUGAGGCGGGAGAGCACCGUCCCUUCAGGGCCGCGCGGAGGCGGAGCGAGGAGCGGCGCGGAACGGCCGUGCGCGGCGGACGGGGCGGCCCGGGCGCAGUGCGCACGGGGCGCGUUUCCGGCCCUCGCUUGCCUGCGGCCGCGUUCACCCGCUCCCGUCCGGGCCAUGGCGGGGCCGCAGCUGGACCCCGAGCUGGCCAAGCGCCUCUUCUUCGAGGGCGCCGCCAUCAUCGUCCUGGACGUGCCCGAGGGCACCGAGUUCGGCAUUGACUACAACAGCUGGGCCGUGGGCCCCCGCUUCCGGGGCGUCAAGAUGAUCCCGCCGGGCGUGCACUUCGUGCACUGCAGCGCGGCCCGGGCCGCCGGCGGCCGUGAGACGGGGCCGCGCGCGGGGCUCUUCCUCUGCCUGCGGCCUCGCCAGGUGCGCGCGCUGCGCUGGGAGCCCUCCCGCGAGGCGCUGCGGGAGGCGGCCCCGGACGAGGAGGAAGCCCUCGGGCGGGGCCUGCAGGAGAUGGACGCGUUCCUCGGGCCCUACCCCUACGAGACCCUGAAGAAGUGGAUCUCCCUCAGCAGCUUCAUCGGCGAAGCGGCGGUGGAGCGGCUGCAGCCGGAGAGCGGGCAGAUCUCCGCCUUCUCAGAGGUGCUGCCGGUGCGGGCGGGGCGGCACAGCCGGGACCGCGCGGGGCAGAACCUGCCCCCGUACGACGCGGGCUGCCGGAGCUACGCCGAGGGCGUGGCGCGGCUGCCCGAGAUGCGGCCGAGGGCGGGCACCGAGAUCCGCUUCACCGAGUUGCCGCGGCAGACGUACCCCGACGGCGCCAGCCCGGAGGAGAUCACUAGGCACAGCAUGGACCUCAGCUACGCCCUGGAAAAGGUGAUCGCGCGGCGGUACGCCGGCCAGCCGCAGGACCUGCUCGCUGAGUUGCAGUUUGCUUUUAUCUGCUUCCUGAUUGGGAAUGUAUACGAUGCAUUUGAGCACUGGAAAAGACUCUUAAACAUUCUGUGCCGUUCUGAAGAUGCCAUUGGGAAGUAUCAAGACCUUUACGCCAAUCUCAUCUUUGUCCUGUAUCACCAGCUGAAUGAAAUCCCAUCUGAUUUCUUUGUGGACAUCGUCUCCCAGGACAACUUUCUGACCAGCACCUUGCAGGUAUUUUUUUCCUACGCAUGCAAUGCUGCUGUUGAUGGCGCCCUAAGGAAAAAGGCUGAAAAAUUCAAAGCUCACCUAACAAAGAAAUUUAAGUGGGACUUUGACGCAGAGCCUGAUGACUGUGCCCCUGUGGUGGUAGAACUUCCCGAGGGCGUGCACAUGGACUAAGCAAAGCGCUCACAUAUAAACAAACAACUUUUUUAAAAUUACUUUUUCUCCACGCCCUUCUUCUUAACUUUUCCAGCUUCCUAAAUCAUUUUCUGUCACUAAUUUCUCUUGCUGCUGUAAAAACAGAUGUGGAAAACCCAGAAAGAUUCUUCACCACAUGAAAGGACUGGAGUUGUUGGAGCUGUUUGAACUUAGUCACAUGGCUGCUUUGGACACCUUGUUUUUCUUCCUAGCCCUUCUGCAGCAGCUUCUCGUUUUGUACUGAUCAACUAUUUGCACUGGUCUCAUCUGUCCCACUGGGCUGGAGGUGAUGCGUCUCACACCUGGAACCUGUGCCACUCUUGUUUGAUGCCUCUGGAGGGAGAAGUGUAAGCUCACGUGAUUGGACACAGCUUUCUGCAGCCUGAACCCGAGCUCUGAGUGGAGAACUUCUACUCUUCCUAGGCUUGUAUUACAGGAAUGUAACCAGAAGCAUUACAAAACUGUGUCAGAUACUUAGCUGCUUACUGUGAUUUACUGCCAUGUUGUGGAGGAGUGUUCAAAGCUACAGCAGAAUUCAUCCCAUUUUAUACCACUAAUACUGAAAUAUCUUUUCCUCUAAUUCUGUUGAAACUUUUUGUAUUUACUGCUGACGCUGUUUAGCAUGAUGUAAAAGAACGUUAACAGUUCGGUAACAAGAGAUAUCAUUACUGACCAAUAGUCACGCAGGUUUUGAAGCAGAGGAGAACCAGCAUGAGAUGAGUGUCAUACUUUCACGUGAACUGUACCUUUCUGUUUUGUUGUAAUCAGAAACCUUAAGUACUUUCACAAAAGACGGUCUUUUCUUUCUCCCCAUCUCCCCCAAGGUAGGCUGUAAGAAAACUCUGUGGGGCUCAUUCGAACCUUGCAGGGAUUUAGCCCCGUGACCUGCUUGUUAACAUUCUCAGCUGGUAGACUCCUUCAGAUAUUUGUCUGCAUGCAUAUCUAACAAGAUAACACUGCUUGUUAGUCUUUUGUUGUUAAAAUAAAUCUUCUUAUCUUGGUCUUGUCUACAGAAAA